AUGGGCUGGCGAUGGUCGCAGGCGAAGCUGGAGAAGAAGAAGGCGGAGUACGCGGAGAAGAUGAGGAACCAGGUGGCAGCCGUCCACAAGGAGGCGGAAGAGAAGCGCACGUCGAUGGAGGCGCGGCGGCGCGAGGCAAUCCUCAAGUACGAGGACAUGGCGGCCAAGCACCGGUCCAAAGGGACUACCCCGGCCACCAAAUUCCUCGGCUUGUUCAUUGUUCUCGUGUAG